ACAAGGGAAACGGCCACAAGAUCAGGCCUCGGAGCUUGGCGGGCCAGCUUGGGGCUGCGGAUGUGUCCUCGAGUCUCGUUCGCUCUUUCAGUCUUGCCUGUGGGCUGUCAAGAUUGAAGAUUCCAACUUGAUGUUCGGAAGGCAGGCCAAGUUGAGGCUCAACGAGGUUGGCCUGUGGAGAAGGAAAGCGACGGAUUGAGCCCAGCUGGUCGGACGUUGCUGGCAAGGAUCUCCUCCCCACUCUCCGACCUCCAUCUACUCCGUCUCUAACUACUCCGUCAGCUCAUCCAGUAUUCCAGUGUUCUGGCUGAGGGGCUGGCAGGCUGUCCUCGUACGGUGCGCAGUUGCCUUCAGCCGGUGGUACGGCUCUUUGGAGUGAUCUUUGUGUUGGCCUCCCUUCGCUUGUACAUUCCCUCUGCCUCUAUCGUUUUCAGUGCCUCGAUGAGUUCAAUCUUGUGCCUGCAGUCAAGCUGUUUAGAAGUGUGUGCUGCAUUGAGAACGCUCUUUAACCACUACCUCCUGCUCAACCUCCUCCCACGAUUUCCUGUUCCCUCUCUAUCACCUGAUUGACUCGUUGGAUUCGUGUCCCAGCCUUUUCCGGAUCUGUGAUAGUACCCUAACUAACCGUCAUAAGAACCCUCGAAGCCCGAACCCUGUCCCAUUCCUUAGCCCCCAACAACGAGAAAAGAGAGCCUCUCUUGUGAACUGGAAGGUGUGUGUGAGCUGCGAUUCGUUUCCAUAUACCCAUUUUUUCGAGUAACAUCGAGAGGGGAGAUCGAAUCAUUUCACCAUUUAAAUCCUUUCCAUUGUCUAAAGAGCUGAGCAUGCCUUUUAAAGCAGACCCAGGGACAGACAGCACGAUAGAGUAGUGUAGAAAGUAUUUCUGCGCUAGUUUGCAUCCUGGCCCAGCUGUUCCCUGCCCUCUUAAAGAGAUUUGCUUUUCUUGACUCGCAGCGGCAGCAGCAGCAACAAGCUCAAGAGCAGCAGCAGCCUGAUGCAGCAUUCUCAAUUCAGAAGCUGAAUACUUCUCCUACUUCCACUCCUACUUCUUCUACUACUACUACUACUACUACUACUACUCCUACUACUACUACUACUACUACUCCUACUACAACUGCUCCUGCUCCUCUUACUACUCCCUCUACAACUCAAGCAAAAAUAGCUUUGGCCCAAUUUUUGUCUUCUUGUUUGGGAGAGAAGGACGAGUGGGUGGUCCCUAGGAGGUUCCACUGAUCUUGAAACCCUGGUCCCUGGGACUGACUCAAGUUGAGAUAUCGCUCAUUCAAUCUGAGCCUGUGGCAAUUUUUUGAUAGUGGAGCACAGCCAUUUUGUUGUUGCAACCCAACGACUGAAGUGAGACUAUUCUGAGGAGAUUUCUUUUCCCUCAAAUGAAAACUGUUGGCAGCCCAAACCAGGCAGAAGUUUACGUGGCGUAACAAUGAGCACAAGCAAAUACAGACGAACGACAUUUCCUUCUCAUUGAUUGUACUUGCUCUGCUUCUGAAGUAACGUUAACCUCUACUCAACCUACAUAGAAGCACUAUCAGUGGCCAAUGCCCUGAGUAGCAGAGAAAUGAAGAUUAUUAUAUUUCGUACAAAACCACAAUAAAUAAUAAAACAUAUUACUUGUUCAUUACAAAACAAUUCAUUUCUGUCACCUAUCUUUUUUAUCCCAUACUGUAUUUUUCUCCUUUUUCCAUUUGCCAUACUUCUGACACAUACACAUCAAGCACCUAACUGAAAACACGGGUGAUAGUUUGAAUCCAGCAAAUGUGUCACUCUAUGGGGAGAGAGAGAGAGAGAGAGAGAGAUCAAUGCAAGUUAAACUAGGUCUAAUAGAUGAUGCGUGGCUCCAACUGAGUUCAGGGUGCUUGUUUUUGUUGGUGUUGGAGGUGAUAGUGGUGAUGGUUAUCUGGAAGAAGAAAGAAGCACCUCCAAGAUUGGCCUAGUCCUAGUCUACCAUUGUAACCAUGGAUUUGGAUGUGGAUCUAGGGACUGUUGACAAUGAGUCCGUGCUGACCUUGAUGGAAUGUCCAGUGUGUCUGGAUCACAUCACGCCACCCAUAAAACAGUGUCUGAAAGGUCAUCUGGUUUGUUCCGAUUGCUACCCACGACUCAAUCAUUGUCCAACAUGUCGGGGAAACAUGUCAGAAGAGCGGAAUCUGGCCAUGGAACAAGUCUCCUACCUCCUACAGUAUCCUUGUCGUUAUCACCCCAUGGGUUGCAAAGAGGCGUUUUCUUUGGCCAAGAAGUCGGCUCACGAGAAAGAUUGUCCAUACCUUCAGCUCAAAUGUCCAUUUCACGGCCAGUGUGCAUUUAACGGGUCCCUGGCGGAAGUUGUUCCACAUUUAAAAUCUGAACAUGCUGUGACCCCCGUGCCAGUUCAGCCUGCAGGGAUCUUGUUCUAUAGGGCCAAGAACUUCUACCGACGGAAUAUUUGGACCCUCAUCUACGGUUGGGACGGUAAUUUGUUCCGAUUCAUCAUCAAACAUGUCCACGCCAAUCAGGUGGGUAGGCAGGAGAACUGCAAUCUCCUCAUCGCCCAUGUUCAGUAUAUUGGACCGGACUCAAUGGCGUCGAGUUAUGCUUAUCAGAUCUCGUUGUUUGAUGCCGAUAAUCCCCGGAGAACGGGCCCCGAAUUCCAGGGCCUUGUCACGUCCACUCUGAAACCCGUGGAGAGUCAGUGCUUAAAGGAGGAUGUUUUCGUGACCACGUUUCAUCAAGCACGCAAUUAUACGGACCAGUGGGCAAAUCUCAAUUUCAUCGUUCGGAUGAAGAAAAUGUCAAAUGAGGCGCCCAGCUCCUCCAAAGAGAAGGCAAGUACCUCCGCACCGCUCGCCUCUUCGUCGACCCCGGGAUCAUCCUCGGGGGUAUCUGCUCCGGCUCCUCCCGCUACAACCUCCUCUUCCUCCUCCUCCUCCUCAUCAUCAUCAUCAUCGUCUUCAGCUGUGACCUUACAACCCUCCUCGUCGACUGCAAGCACAUCAGUGGGCAUGGAAUCUUGAAUCCCUUGUAGAUUGGGACGACAAAUCUCAACUGGAUGGUGAUGACAUGGGUGCUCUUAAGUGCAUCCAAGAGUUCUUUCAAAACAAGAGUAUGAGGAAUGUCAAAACUUCAUACCCCGCCAGCACUAGUCGUUGAUAAUCCAAAAGAAAGCGGGGUCAUCAAAUCACGUACAAACAAUAUUCUAGUUGCUCCCCUCACCACCCGCCUAUGAAAAAGUCAAUCGAAAUCAUUUUCAGUCAUUGUCGGCGUCGUCACGAUCAAGCCGAAUCUGAUGUUUGUAAUCAUUAUUGUUAUCAUCGAGCUUACAUACCACUUUUGCGAUUCAGGAUCUCUUAAAUUUAUAUGCAAGCUUUUCCGAUCCAUCUUUCUCAAAUCGAGGCCGGAUUGGAGAGCUAUAUCUAGUGAUAUGUAGCGUACGUAGAAGCUCUAUUUUGGAUUAAUCCAACCGCUAAAAAGUAUUUGUCUUUUUGUCUUGGGAAAUUUCGCUAUAUCAAAUAAGAAGAAUAAUUAAGAAGUAUAAAAGCAUUAAAUACACAAACAUAAAAAUAUCCUGCA